GAUCAAACAAGUUUCUCACCUUGGGAAGCAAGGGACGCUUCCCUAUACUCUGCACGGCCCCUCCUUCCAGCGAAGGAGGAGAGUCCCAAGCCACUUUCUCCGCACCCUCAGACUACUCCCCUUCGAGAGAGGGAAGAGAGGAUAGAAAGCGGCAGUGCCUAAUUUCAUGCUGGGGGUAAAGGGGAGAGUGACAGUUUUGUCGUUCUGGGCUGAGCUUGUGGGGCUCACAGGCAAGGGGAGGGUGAGCGGACCGUGACUGAGCCCCGGGGACUCGAUGUGGUGGCCAUGGACAGAGCGGCUUUCCCGGGACUGCCUCGCCUCUGCGCCCUGUGGGCAACUCUGCUCGCCCUGUUCCCCUGCGGCGUUCACGGGAACUGGAUGUGGCUGGGCAUUGCCUCCUUUGGGGUCCCAGAGAAGCUAGGUUGCGCCAACUUGCCUCUGAGCGGCCGUCAGAAAGAAUUGUGCAAAAGGAAACCUUAUCUGCUGCCCAGCAUCCGAGAAGGGGCACGACUGGGCAUCCAAGAGUGCAAAAGCCAGUUCAAACAUGAGCGGUGGAACUGCCAGGUGUUCUCGCCCGCUGCCUCUGCCCCCGCCGCCUCCGCGCCCCCAGCUGCCUCGCCAGGAGCCGCCCCUCUCUUCGGUUACGAACUGAGUAGCGGCACCAAAGAAACAGCAUUUAUCUAUGCGGUGAUGGCAGCAGGUCUGGUGCAUUCUGUGACAAGAUCAUGCAGUGCAGGGAACAUGACGGAGUGCUCCUGUGACACCAACUUGCAAAAUGGUGGCUCAGCUACUGAAGGCUGGCAUUGGGGUGGCUGCUCUGAUGACAUCCAGUAUGGCAUGUGGUUUAGUAGAAAGUUCUUGGACGUCCCUACCAAAAACACCACUGGAAAAGAUGGGAAACUGUUAGCAAUGAAUCUACAUAAUAACGAAGCUGGGAGGCAGGCAGUAGCCAAGUUGAUGUCAGUCGACUGCCGCUGCCAUGGAGUUUCGGGUUCCUGUGCUGUGAAAACUUGCUGGAAAUCCAUGUCUCCCUUUGAGAAGAUUGGUCAUUUUCUAAAAGAUAAGUAUGAAAACAGUGUGCAGGUCUCGGAUAAAAUGAAAAGGAAGAUGCGCAGGAGAGAAAAAGACCAGAGAAAGAUAUCAGUGCGCAAGGAUGAUCUUCUCUACCUUAACAAAUCGCCCAACUACUGCGUGGAGGCGAAAUUGGGCAUCCCUGGGACGCAGGGCAGAGAGUGCAACCGUACUUCGGAAGGAGCAGACGGGUGUAACCUCCUCUGCUGUGGGAGAGGUUACAACACCCACGUAGUCAGACACGUGGAGAGGUGCGAAUGCAAAUUUAUCUGGUGCUGUUAUGUUCGCUGCAGGAGGUGUGAAAGCAUGACUGAUGUCCACACCUGCAAAUAACCUGGGCUCCAUCUAGCAUCACCCAAAGCUCUGGGUGAUACACAACCAAAAUAUAACAGACUUAGUAUAUAUUUCUGAAAGGGAAACGUUAGUGAAGUUUAAUCAGCUCCGCCACCAUGUCUGGAUUUUAGUCUCUACUAUUUUCUUCUAAUUAAAAGCAAGUUCACACUUCCUUGACGUGGAUUUCCCUGAAAUUCCAAAGGUUUGAUUCAACAAACAUAUAUUAAACCCCUGCCCUGUGCAAAUGUAUGUUGAGGUUCAUCUGUCUUUGUUUAGAUGCCUUUUGGGUAGGGGACAACGACCAAGAAAAAAGUGGUGAAGAGACUCUCCAAGGAGAAACAAGUCCAUGGAGAUGUCAGUUCAUGAUGAGACACUUGACCCAUAAUUGCCAUAAUUUGCUUAAAUGUGAACUUGGUCAAGCAGAUGUAGUAACUAUUUUUAAAAAGAAUAUUGCUUACAGCAACAAAGCACUUAAGCAAGGAUGUUAUCACAUGUCAGUAUUUUUGAAGAAGGCUUUACGAAGAGUUCCUAGAAAACGAAACUAUAAAAUAUGUUCACAGAAGCAGCGUAAAUGCAUUUACCCUUUCAUCUACUUAAGAAGGCCAAAUUACCAAAAGUAUUAGGGAAAGAUAGACUAUCUCUUAAAAUAUGGUGCCCAUUAAAUAUAGCUGGUAUCAAAGGGAAAUAGAAAUCUAUUUUUAAAAAAGGUAUAAAGUUUGAAUUUUAGUGUAUCUUUGUAGUCAAAAUACAUGGAUUAUAAAAAAAAAUCAAUAAACAUCCUAAUAACUGGCCAUUAGACACAGAAAUUAAUAGACUAAUACAAAUUGCUUAAGCUAUGUGAUUUUGUUGAGGAAAAAAAAUCCAUGAAAGUGUUACAAACCUGUGAAGAAAAAAGUUUAUUGGAUGUUAAAGUAUUUUGAAAUGUAUGGAAUGACACUGUUUAAAUAUGUAAAGACAGUAUUUUGUAUAGUAUUUUGAUAAGAAAAUUUUAUAUUUUGUAAAUAUAGUAUUUAAGUUAUACGAAAUAUAUGAAAUGCUUAAAUCAUGUUCUUUUUAAGAACUCAGAACUAAGGCAAUAAGAGCAUCUUUGAAAUCAUUGCUUUUAUACAGUCUCAUAGUAGAAAUCCUCAACUUGUUUGCUUAUGUACACUAAGAAAGUUAUCUGAACAGUUACAUCGAUGGUUUAAUUCUUACCAGAAAGGCAGUUUUGUGUUACAGAUUGUUUAUAAGUUGUUGAGAAAGUCUAUCACCUGAAUGGUCAACAUGAGGUUCUUUUUCACACACCCACACCCACAAUUUUUAAUUGUUGAAUAAAUGGAGACUAUUAAAAUAACAUCUAUUUUAGUCAUCUGAAAAAGAAACCUAAAAAUGGCAGUACAAGGACAAUUUUGUGCAUCCAUCAUUGUGUCAUAUUUACUGUAUUGUAUAUAAGACUAGGUUUCAUUACUUAAAUUUUGUUAAUUUUCCUACAUUCU